UAAACAUCAAGUCCAACGGGUCACUACAAAAACAUGUGUAUUUAUCUUCGGUGAGAUAGAAAAAGAUAUUAAAUUGACACUGAUGUCUCGGAAAACAAAGAAAGAGGAAUAUUAUCGAUUCUUCUCCGUCACAGAUCCCCGUACACACGAGAAAGGACACACGGAAUAUAAAGUAACAGCAAGGAUUGUUUCAAAGAAGAGGCCAGAAGAUGUGAAAGAGGUAGUGGUGUGGAAGAGGUACUCAGAGCUGAAGAAGUUACAUGGAGAGUUGGCAUACACUCACAGGAAUCUGUUCAGACGACAGGAAGAGUUUCCCUCUUUCCCUCCAGCACAAUUAUUCAAGCGCUUCGAUGAUGAGGUGAUUGAGGAGAGGAGGAAAGCGGCAGAAGCCAUGUUGCUUUUUACCACCAACAUUCCUGCUCUGUACAACAGCCCCCAGCUUAAAGAGUUUUUCAAGGGAGGAGAAGUGAGAAGACCAUUGGAACCCUCUGCGCUCUCCUCCUCUUCAUCUCUUCCCGCUCCUCUCAUUCCACUGCCGGAGAAUCUCUCUGAGCUGUCAGUGGAGGAGGAGGAAGGGAGAGAGGCUCCCAUACAGACCCAGGAGCUGGAGACCAAACUGGGGGAGACAGAGUUAGGAGGCGAUCCCGAGGUGGCAGUCGAGGCCUCCAGUGACUUGGACAGUAGUCCUUCGGAGGAGACACAGAAAGAGCCAGUGACAGAGAUCAGUGAACCAGAACGACAACCACAUAACAGCCCAGAACAGCCAACACAGGUGCCCACUCCAGAACCUUCCAGUCCGCCGGCGACAGACCAGUCCGAGGAAUUUGAUUCGCUGUUUGAUUCGGUUGCGGAGGCGCCUACGAGCAGUGCCGCGCCCCCUCUCUCAGACACUGACCUCGCCAUCUUUGACCCGUGCGCCAAAGAAGAUCAGCCCAGCGGGUCUCAGGAGUAUUCGGAGCUGCUGUCUGUUCCUGUGGCCAGUGCGGAUGGCAGUGGUUGUGGGCCAGAGGCAGAGUACCUGACCAAGGCCGCCAGUGAACUCAACACCGCCAUGGACAGAGAGAGGGAGGGAGAUUUCAGCGCUGCAAUCAUACGAUACAGAACAGCCGUGGAUAUACUUAUCAGAGGAGCACAAGAGGAUCCAAACCCACAGCGCAGGGAUUCGGUGAAGAGGAGAACAGUCCAGUACCUACAACAUGCAGAAACACUGCUCUCCCUACAUACUCCCACUCCUACUCAGGACCAGAAAACAUAGAGCACCUCUCUAACACACUCCAAACACUGCAGGACAGCUCUCUCUCUUAUGUGUACACACACACACACAC